UCCGUGAGCUGUUGAAGCCGCUCAAAGUGUCUGUGACCGUCUGCAGUCAGUCUCUCGUCCUCCACCUGCCAGCGCCCUGGUCCACCAUGCUGACCCGUCUGUUCCGUAUGCAUGGCCUCCUGGUGGCCUCCCACCCCUGGGAGGUGAUUGUUGGCACAGUCACUCUCACCAUCUGUAUGAUGUCCAUGAACAUGUUCACUGGCAAUGACCAGAUCUGUGGCUGGAACUUUGACUGCCCCAAAACAGAAGAGCAAAUACUGAGCAGUGACAUCAUCAUCCUCACCAUCACACGCUGCAUCGCCAUCGUCUAUAUUUACUUCCAGUUCCAGAACUUGAGACAGCUGGGAUCCAAGUAUAUUUUAGGCAUUGCCGGCCUUUUCACCAUAUUCUCCAGCUUCGUCUUCAGCACAGUGGUCAUUCACUUUCUUGACAAAGAGCUCACAGGCCUCAAUGAGGCUCUGCCCUUCUUCCUGCUUCUCAUUGACCUCUCCAAAGCAUGUGCUCUUGCCAAGUUCGCUUUGAGCUCCAGUUCUCAGGAUGAAGUGAGGGACAACAUUGCUCGUGGCAUGGCAGUGCUGGGACCGACCUUCACUCUGGACGCCCUGGUGGAGUGCUUAGUGAUCGGAGUGGGAACAAUGUCAGGUGUGCGGCAGCUGGAAAUUAUGUGCUGCUUCGGCUGCAUGUCUGUCUUGGCCAACUACUUUGUGUUCAUGACCUUCUUCCCUGCAUGUGUGUCACUGGUGCUGGAGUUGUCCCGUGAGAGUCAGGAGGGCCAUCCUAUCUGGCAGCUGAGCCACUUCUCCAGAGUGAUGGAGGAGGAGGAGGACAACAAACCCAACCCUGUGACCCAGAGAGUCAAGAUGAUCAUGUCUCUGGGCCUGGUGAUGGUUCACGCCCACAGCCGCUGGAUCGCCGAGCCCCUGUCCAUCAACACCACAGUGGGCAUGCCACAGGUCGGCAUGGAGCUGGACCACCUCUCACCCAGGAGGAUCGAGCCAGAGAAACCGCUCUGGCACUUCUACCUCACCAGGAUGAUCACCAUGGACAUAGAGCAGGUCAUCUGCCUGGCCUUGGCCCUUCUGCUGGCGAUCAAGUACAUCUUCUUCGAGCAGGUUGAGAUGGAGUCUACGCUGUCACUAAAGAACCCCAUCACUAUGUCUGCCCCUGGCCUGGCCCUGCGACGGCCCACCGAGACCUGCUGCAGGAAGGAGCCGCCAGCUCCCCGCCCCAUCGCCCCCACCCACAGCAUGGCUGCCAUGGUCUCCAUCAAGGCAGAGAAAGAUGAGGUUAUCCGGCCCCUGUCCACCCCAGCUGCAGAUCCCCAGCCAAAGAGCCUCUUUGUUAUGGGGGAUGAAGAGGAAGAGCUCAAAUCUGAAGCUGCUCAGCCGAGCCUCCCCACAAACCCUAGAGACCUGGACCAGUGUGUGGCCAUCUUGAACAACCCUGAGUUGGGGCCUCGUUUCCUGAGUGAUGCUGAGGUGAUGCUGCUGGUCAACUCCAAACACAUCCCAGCGUACAAACUGGAGGCCACCAUGGAGAGGCCAGAGAGAGGAGUGGCCAUCCGGAGACAGAUGAUCUCUUCAAAGCUGCCCUCUCCUUCUGCGCUUUCCUCUCUGCCAUACACACACUACGACUACUCCAAGGUUAUGGGCACCUGCUGUGAGAAUGUAAUUGGCUACAUGCCCGUACCAGUGGGCGUGGCUGGACCGCUGCAUCUGGAUGGGAAGCAUUUCCAGGUUCCCAUGGCAACUACAGAGGGCUGCUUGGUUGCCAGCACCAACCGCGGUUGUCGAGCAAUUGCUCUGGGAGGUGGAGCCAGCAGUCGCAUUCUGGCUGACAGUAUGACUCGAGGACCCGUGGUGAGGCUGCCCUCCGCCUGCCAGGCUGCAGAGGUCAAGGCCUGGCUGGAGAGCACAGACGGUUUUCAUGCCAUCAAAGAAGCCUUUGACAACACGAGCAGGUUUGCUCGGCUGCAGAAGAUGCUGGUUGGUCUGGCUGGAAGAAAUCUGUACAUCCGCUUCCAUUCCAAGACUGGAGAUGCCAUGGGGAUGAAUAUGAUCUCUAAGGGUACAGAGCAGGCUCUGAGCAGACUGCAGCAGAACUUCCCAGACCUGCAGGUGGUGGCUGUCAGCGGAAACUACUGCACUGACAAGAAACCAGCCGCCAUCAACUGGAUCGAAGGCAGGGGCAAGUCUGCCGUCUGUGAAGCCACCAUCCCCGCUAAAGUGGUCAGAGAGGUGUUGAAGACGACAACACAAGCUCUGGUGGAGGUGAACAUCAGUAAGAACCUGGUGGGCUCCGCCAUGGCAGGGAGCAUCGGUGGAUUCAACGCUCACGCAGCCAAUCUGGUGGCUGCCAUCUACAUCGCUUGUGGACAGGAUCCAGCCCAGUCAGUGGGCAGCAGUAACUGCAUCACCCUGAUGGAGGCAUCAGGACCAACAGGAGAGGAUCUGUACAUCAGCUGCACCAUGCCUUCUAUAGAGCUGGGCACUGUGGGAGGAGGCACCAACCUGCCCCCCCAGCAAGCCUGCCUCCAGAUGCUGGGUGUGCAGGGAGCCAGUCAGGACUGUCCAGGGGAGAACGCCCGGCAGCUGGCCAGGGUGGUAUGUGCCACCGUGCUGGCUGGAGAGCUCUCUCUGAUGGCUGCUCUGGCGGCUGGACACCUGGUGAAGAGUCACAUGACACACAACAGGUCCAAGGUGAAUCUCCAGGAGACUCCAGGAACCUGCAGCAGGAAAGCGUCCUGAGAGCAGUGUGGCCUCCUGCAGGAGCAGUAACUUCAGGAAUCUAUGGACAAUCUGAAAAAGACUAAUCAUUCAUCAAUGAAAAAACAGACCUCAGACGUUCUCUGAGUGACACAGGAGUAUCAUGUGACCAAUCUCUAUGCUGGCUAUGAAAAGGAUUCAUUCAAGCUAAUGGGACUGUUCUGUGGGAAAUAUAAAUGUAUCUGGUUAUGUCUUAUGGAGCUAGAAGCAGCUAAUUACUGGCUUCUUUCAUUUCCAAGGUUAAGAAUGUCGUUAGGCUUUUGGGUUCAGAUGAAACAGCUCUCCAGUCACCAAACGAGCACCGUGAACACAGAAACACUGAUACCUAAAGGAGCCUGCAGACUGUACACAGACUAUAAGUUUACUGCAGGUCACACUGUGCAACAUGGGUCUAAUAAACAUGGCUACAACAUCAAGGCUGAUGUAUGCAGAAUGUAGGAUGAUUAACCCCUGAAUCAGCAGCUAUGGCUAAGUCAAUAGACAAGAUUAAUGUUUAUAUCAGUGAGCGUCAUCCAUCUUCAUCGCUAUGGUGGUAAACAAUGAAGCUGAGCACAAAUCGAUUAGAUUGGAUUAAUAGUGAUUUUUAUUGUAUGGAAAAAAAAUCCAAAAAGAAGCGGAGGAGAAUCUGGACCCGGGUGUGGUGAGGGAAAAGAGGCAAACGUAGGACCUAGAGAUAAGGGUUAGGGUGUUGGGUUAAGAGAAGUAUUUCAUAAUUUCAUGCUGCCUGUUGGUUGGUUUGUAGAUGUAGGUCACAGCAGCAUCUUUGAAUCUCUCUCAGUGUGACGCUGGACCACGACCAAACAUAUCACCCAAGUUUGUUUCACAUCAUCUUUGGUCCUGGGCGGCCCAAAGUCGCACAGUGUGUGCCUGCCUUAAAAAGUGACGGUGUCUGUUGAAUGUGUGUGAAAACUGAAGAUCAUUGCUGCUCACUACAGAUUCUGCAUCACUGGACCGACAUCAGGAAAGAAUAAAUAUGUGAACGAUUAUCACUUCAAAACAGACUGCAAGUCAAAGGCUGAGUUUAUCUGCAGGUACAGAACAGGUGAGAUAAACUCAGGACUGUGUCUGUACUGCUGAUAGGACAUACAACAAAUCAUUAGGCUGGCCAUUCCCAGACUUCCCAGAAUGUCACAGCCCAAUUUAAAUACGCUCAUCUUCUGCGGCCCAUCUAAAUCUUUAAUGACAACACAACUCACGAUACUAAGAUUAAUGGUUUCCUGAUACAUAUUUUUUGUUUUAUAAACAGAACAAUUCUGCAGGUUAAUAAUCCAUCUAUAUACACAUAACAAUUAGUUAAGUAACUAAUUAAAUCACAGUGAAUUGUUGAGCCUGUAUCCUGGCUGUUUGACACUGGAUAAUAAAACACUUAUAAAUACAGUUUCACAAUAUCCAACAUAACAUCAGCAUGAAGCAAAGAGAAAAUGUGACAGUCACCGCUCCAUUUGAACUAUUUUCCCACUAAUGACAAGAUAUAAGAAACAGGGCCAGAUCAAUAAUUUACUUCCAUAACUUUGUUUUACUUUUUUAUUUAAAUAUUGAAUCAUGGAUAUUUUAUGGGCAUUUCAAACUUAAUUACCAAAUUAAAAAUUGAAAACAAUUUAUUUAUUUAUUGUAAAUGACCUCUCACUGCCCACCUGCAGUAGCUCUACGACCAACCAGCUUACAAACGUGUGUGUGCGUGUGUGUGUGUGUGUGUGUUUGUUAUCUGUGGAGAUGAAGUGACUAAACGUCUGCUUGAGUUGCAUCCGUAAUUCAUUAAUAAUGUCUGCUUCUAAUCAACACAAAGUUAUGUUGUCACUGUGUGUGUGUGUGACAGUGACAGUGGCAUCAAUCAGUCUGUGUUUUUAACUGCAUUAGCACAGUGCUGAUGCUUCAAGAGUAACAUGCUGCAGACGUGUGAAAUGAAUUCACUGACAGUGAGUUUUCCUGUUGAACCAGCAGACAGGCGGAGGUUCUGGAUAUAUUUUGUAAUAAACACAAAAGGACUUUAGAGUGA